GGUCCGAGCUUGAUAUAAAAAUGGUGGUCGGCGGGGCUCGUGCCGCUUUGCAGACGCCGCUGCUCGAGUGUCUCGCCCUCAACCAUGGUCAACCCUUGCGUGUUCUUCGACAUCGCUGUUGACGGCGAGCCCUUGGGCCGCGUCUCCUUCGAGCUGUAUGCAGACAAAGUUCCAAAGACAGCAGAAAACUUUCGUGCUUUGAGCACUGGAGAGAAAGGAUUUGGCUAUAAGGGUUCCUGCUUUCACAGAAUUAUUCCAGGGUUUAUGUGCCAGGGUGGCGACUUCACACGCCAUAAUGGUACUGGUGGCAAGUCCAUUUAUGGUGAGAAAUUCGAAGAUGAGAACUUCAUCCUGAAACAUACAGGUCCCGGCAUCUUGUCCAUGGCAAAUGCUGGACCCAACACAAACGGUUCUCAGUUUUUCAUCUGCACUGCCAAGACUGAGUGGUUGGAUGGCAAGCAUGUGGUCUUUGGCAAGGUGAAAGAGGGCAUGAAUAUUGUGGAAGCCAUGGAGCGCUUUGGGUCCAAGAAUGGCAAGACCAGCAAGAAAAUCACCAUUGCUGACUGUGGACAACUCUAAUGAAUUUGACUUGUUUUCUCUUAACCACCAGACCAUUCCUUCUGUAGCUCAGGAGAGCACUUCUCCACCCCAUCUGCUCGCUAUGUCCUAUAACCUGUGCUCUCACUGCAGUUCUUUGGGUUCCAUAUUUUCCUUAUUCCCCUCCAAAUCUAGCUGAAUUGCAAAGUUAAGUUUAUGAUUAUGAAAUAAAAACUAAGUAACA